AUGUGCUGUUGAUAUGGCAAACUGGCCACGUGUUUCUCCUCUCGCCUACGUGGCGCUUGGCGUUCUUCUCGGUUUGACCAUUUCAAUAAUAUCUCAGACGGGAACGACAACCUACGACGCUGCCUCACGGAUAGCCAUACUACGAGCCAACCGAGGGGAUCCACAAGUUGACGAGCACGAUCAUGCACAUGGAAAUGAUCCGCACGGAGACGAAGAAGUCGACGAUCAUCACGCGAACUUUGCGCCCGUCCAAUUCCAUUCCAACAACUCAUCGCAUAGCCAUGAUGGUGAAAGUCUGAUAGCCGACGAAGUUGCGAAGAAGGUUCGCGUCUUCUGUUGGAUUCUCACCGGAAAACAGAAUCACGAUAAACGCGCGAAACACGUCAAAGCCACCUGGGCCAAGCGGUGUAAUAAGUACGUAUUCAUGUCAUCAGAAGAGGAUGCAGAACUCCCAGCCAUCAACCUAAAUGUCUCUGAAGGCAGAGAUUACUUGUGGGCAAAAACAAAAGGAGCAUUCAAAUACAUUUAUGACCAUCACCUGAACGACUACGACUGGUUCCUGAAAGCCGACGACGAUACCUAUGUGGUGAUGGAAAAUCUCCGGUUCAUGCUAUUGGCUCAUUCACCGGAUGAGCCAAUUCACUUUGGAUGCAAGUUUAAGCCAUUCACACAGGGAGGAUAUCAUAGUGGUGGAGCUGGAUAUGUGCUCAGUCGGGAGGCACUGAAAAAAUUCAUUGAAGUAGCGCUGCCGGACAAAUCGUUGUGCUCUCAGAAUCAUGGUGGAGCCGAGGAUGCGGAGAUGGGCAAAUGCUUGGAGAAGGUUGGAGUGAAAGCUGGAGAUUCCAGAGAUGCCGAUGGACAUCAUAGAUUCAUGCCUUUCGUGCCGGAACAUCACUUGUCGCCUGGCCACGUUGACCCCAAGUUCUGGUUCUGGCAGUACACUUACUACCCAAUGGAUCAAGGACCUACGUGUUGCUCUGAUUACGCAGUCUCCUUCCACUACGUCAACCCGAACUUGAUGUAUGUGCUCGAGUAUCUCAUCUAUCACUUGAAGCCUUUCGGUAUCGAUCGCGCGAUUCGAGUGCCAAAGAACGAAACAAUAAUCCAUACGGCUUAUUCGAUCUCUCGAUCCGAACGUGGACAAGACGAUGCGUUCCGGGAUCGGCCGGAAGUUGCUGUAUAAGCAAAUUGUUGUUUUUCUUGCAGUCUAUGUUGUUAGAUAUCAUUUACCGACUUUUUUGUCCAAUACCCGGGUGAUUUUCUUCCAUUUUUUAUUUGUUUUUGUUCCAACUGCUUCGCUUGGGCUUCUCUCUUUCCUUCUCUCUCUACGUCAAUACAUUCCAUGACUGUUCUCCACCCUAAUUGCCGCCUCUUCUGCAUUUCUUUCCUCUUUCUCAAGUCAUUUGAAUUACGGUAGACAUUGCGCGUCAAAUCUGAUGUAUUGGAAAUAAUUUUCGAUGUUUAUCAAUUGAUCAAUAUAUUUGAAAGCCGUCCUGUCUACCAAGGUUCGACUCCCAAAGUGUUUAGUGAAUUGUUUUUUGGAUAUUUUAGUUUAAAAUUUCUGCUUACGGGAAUCAUCAGAGUUUUACAUGUAAAUGUGGUUUUUUUAAUUCAAUUUGAAAGACGAUCGGCCGAUCACACCCUGUGCCUUUUCCAAUGUUUUGUUUGUUUUUUCUAGUCAAUCUUGUUCAUUUCUCUCUGUGUGUGGAAUUUUUUCUUUUGAAGAAAAUUUAUAAAAAUAAAUUGGCUUUAUUAUU